AUGCCACAAUCACCAACCUCGUACGGGAUGUUAGGCAUCCUUCCCCCUGAAUUGCGCGACAAUAUUUACUCGCUACUUCUCACUCACAACUUCUAUCGGCCAAUAACCUCCAAUCGAGAUCCAUACUUCAUCACCAGUGGAUCACACCAAUGUGAACCCCUUACGAUCCUUAAAUUGUCAAGCCCAAUCCGCCAAGAAGCAUUAGCGUGCAUGAGGAAGUGCACCACUUUCACGUACGAGAGCGCGAUCGAGAGAAAGGUGAACGCUAACAUUAGGUCAUUCUAUGAUCCAAUAGCAACUCGUCACACGAUCAACAUCAAUUUUGAGAUUCCCGUGAAGAUCUGCUGUCAGAAUAUAUCAGGCGACCAUGGCGAAAUCCUUCAACGCUUCCUUUCGUCAGAACCCCUUUCAGGUCCUCCAACCCUCGAUACGGGCUUGAAUACACGCGGAUCAGAGGCUGAGAUCAACUUGGCCAUCCAUGGCCCUAUGAACCACGCCAAGGAAGAUCAAGACGUGAUAAACAUCAUAUUCAGAGAAGCGCUACAUACCCAGAAAAUGGUCGAGUUUAUGGCUUUUCACUUAGCCAGAACGGAUGCCAAUGGCUGCCCGGUUCCUGAUAGGGACCAGAGGCAAUUAAACGCAUCCCAAGUUGAGGAGGUAGUGCGUCAACGUCAGGACUGGCUAAAGCAAUUCCAUUUAGAAUGGAAUUGUAAGUUGGAGAGGAGAUCGCAUGUAGAGGUCGAAGCUGGCUAUAGGAGGUACAAGGGCAAUCUUAAGGUACGUGGGGUGAGGCAUGUGCCUUCGUUGAGUUGGCCGUGGUUAUUUUAA